AGGAAAAAAGUCGUCCCAAACGAAACCUUAAUCUUUGUAUGGUUCACUAAUCAUUAUAUUUUCUUGUUGUGACUAAAGCUGGACGAUUGGGUUCUUUGUCGUAUCUACAAAAAGAGAAACCACCUCUCACCGUCAAUGGUGGAUCAAGAGCAAGAAGACUUGUAUGCGGAAGAUUCCUGUUUUCAGACCACUCAAAGCCAGCUGGGGCAUCAGCAUCAUGGAAUCAAAUUACCAAAAACUCCAUUCACAUCAGAUUUCCUUGAAGACUAUUCAUCACUUCUGUCAAACAAUUUCAAUAAUCAACAAGAACUGCCAAAAUUUGAUAACAAUUCACUCAUUGGCCGCCCAAUUUCAAAUCAAUCCCUCAUAAAUCAAAGCACUGAAAGCAGUGGCAAUGGCUAUUUACACCCACAGUUCUUACAAGCAGAAUCACCGAUUUCCUUCGCUGUAAAACGCCAAUCUGACAACGACUUAGAAGAAAGCAGUGGAACUCUGCAGCCUUUAAAGAAGCAGAACUUCCCAAACUUCUCCAGUCAGUUUGAUGGAUCACAAUACAGUUUGCUAAACCAACCAUUCUUCAGCCGGCAAUGAGUUCAGAUAAAUCUGCUUAUUAGAAGAAGAAGGUAAAGAUAAGUAUAGUUUGAUUAAUCUACAUUUUGUAUAGUUUGUUUCCAUAGGAUUAUUGCAUGGUGGUGUUUACAGAAAAGAUAGGACGAAAGCUUGAAAAAUAUCUUCAAAAGAAAUUCUUUUGAUAGAACUCAAAGAAUGAAAUACUGGUAGGGUUGUAGAUAGUUUGUAUUCUUAGGUUAAUUUCUUAUAUUGAGUUUUAGAUUGUUAAUUUGAUUGUUGUGUGUCUCAAUUGUACUAAAUAAAUGUUAUUUUUUAGAUUGCAACUGUAUUUCACCUUACUA